GGACGGUCUAAUCGUAGGAUGACCCAGUUUUCAGUGGACAGUAAACAAUGGAUGCUGGUGAAGAUCGGUUGUUUCUGGGAUUUGAUUUUAGCACACAACAAAUCAAGGCUGAAGCAAUAAAUGACUCUCUACAACUUGUAAAUGAAACAGCAGUCAAGUUUGACUCGGAUCUUCCAGAAUUCAAAACUCAUGGAGGAGUGCACAUCCACAACGAUAAUGUCACAGUUACUGCCCCUACUAUCAUGUGGGUCAAGGCCUUUGACUUGUUACUAGAUAAAAUGAAGAAGAGUGGUUUUCCCUUUCACAAAGUGGCGUGCAUUUCAGGGGCAGGACAG